AGCUUGAUGGGAAUGUUUGAUUAGCUCCUCUCUCAAAGAGAAAAGGUGUCCAGGCCUCCCUCCACUGCCUGGCUCUCAUUCUGUAGAAUAAUGUUGACUGGAGUUUGGGGUACAGAAAAGCUUGGAAAAAAUAGCACUUUCAUACUGUGUGGAGAAAAGGAAUAAAAAGUUGCACACCUCAAGCAAGUGCUCCUUAGUGGCACAUCCAGAUUUUGCUUUACUCACCAUGAAGGCCACAGUCAUUGCAACCUUCUUUGGUGCGUUUCUUAUAUGUACAUAUGCAGCUAAGGAAGCCCCAAAGAAGAUGAAAAAAGCUAAGCUCUAUUUUACACUCACAGAUGUACCCCAGAUCGAUUGCGAUGUCAAGGCGGGGAAGAUAAUCAAUCCAGAAUUCAUUGCAAAAUGCCCUCCUGGAUGUCAAGACGUAAAAUACCGUGUUUAUGGCACAGACAUUUAUGCAUCCUUUUCCAGUGUGUGCAAUGCUGCAAUUCACAGCGGUAUAAUCGACAACACAGGCGGGAAGAUCCUCGUCCAGAAAGUCGCAGGCCACUCGGGGUACCGCGGGAGCUUCUCCAACGGGGUCCGGUCCCUGUCACUGCCGCGCUGGAGGGAGUCCUUCCUCGUGUCAGAGGGCAAGCCAAGAAAAGGUGUGACAUACCCAUCAACUCUUGAAUAUUCUUCUUCAAAAAGCACAGCUGUUAAAUCAGAGCCUAAAAAGCCAGAGCAAGACCUAAAAGCUACGAAGAGUGCAGAUACCACUAAUGCAUCAGAAAAAGCAUCAGAACAAGGGGAUGCGGUCCGCAAAGAGUAUCAGACGUCCCCAGUGCCAACACCAGCUACACAAAUGGCCACCACAACCCCAACACCAACGACCACCACAACGGAUCCUUCCACCACAACGCCAAAGCCAACCACAACACCUGCAACAACCAGAAGCACAACAGUCGCAGCUGCAGCCAAGACUCGACCCGGUCUGCAUAGGGUCAGAGAUAUAGGUUCCAGCAGUGUCCACCCAGCAUACGCAUCUGUGGUAGCUGCAGCAUCAAGACAGGUUCAGGCUGCACAGGGAAGAGGACAGAAUACAGCAUUCAGGGGGUCUUCCACAUCUGCAAGUAACAGGAGUAUCUUACGAUCCAAUACAGGUAUUCAGCGCCAAGAGCCCGUUGCUGCCUUCCGGAGGGCUGCCGGCUCUCCAGCCCACCUGGCAAUGGAAACAGACUUGUGGAAACCUGGAUUGAGCCUUUUUGACACAGGCUUCAGUUCAAAGGAAGAAUUGAAUCCAAAGCCACUGGAGUCCACCUCCCAGGGGAAUCCAAACUGCAAGGUCGAUUUGUCCUUCUUGAUGGAUGGGAGCUGGAGCAUCGGUAAGCGCCGCUUUCAGCUCCAGAAGCAGUUCCUCAGUAACGUGGCUCAAGCCCUUGGCAUCGGCAGCGCUGGUCCCCUGAUGGGCAUCGUUCAGUACGGCGAUGACCCUUCCACGGAAUUUAACUUAAAAACUUAUGCCAACUCCAAGGACCUAAGAAAUGCCAUUGAGAAAAUCUCACAGAAAGGCGGACUUUCCAACGUUGGGAAGGCACUUUCAUUUGUUAACAAAAACUUCUUUUCGGACGCUAAGGGAAACCGAGGUGGAGCACCCAACGUGGUUGUAGUGAUGGUGGAUGGGUGGCCGACCGACCGCGUGGAGGAGGCCUCCAGGCUGGCCAGAGAAUCAGGGAUCAACAUUUUCUUCGUCACCAUUGAAGCAGCCGCUGAAAGUGAAAAGCAGAACGUUAUUGAACCAAACUUUGUGGACAAGGCUGUGUGCAGGACAAACGGUUUCUACUCCAUCAACGUGCCCAGCUGGUUCGGCCUCCACAAGGUGGUCCAGCCCUUGGUGAAGCGGGUCUGCGACAGCGACCGGCUGGUUUGCAGCAAGACGUGCCUCAAUUCAGCUGACAUCGGUUUCGUAAUCGAUGGCUCCAGCAGCGUCGGCACCAGCAACUUCCGCACAGUCCUCCAGUUUGUAGCCAACAUCAGCAAGGAGUUUGAGAUUUCGGACACGGACACCCGCAUCGGAGCCGUUCAGUAUACCUACGAGCAAAGGCUCGAGUUCAGCUUUGACGAGUACAGCACGAAGCAGGACGUGCUGAGUGCCAUCAAAAGGAUCAGCUACUGGAGCGGUGGCACCAGCACGGGAGCAGCCAUCAGCUACGCCUCUGAGCAGCUCUUCAGCAAAUCCAAACCCAACAAAAGAAAGAUCAUGAUUCUCAUUACAGAUGGCAGGUCUUACGACGAUGUCAGAGUGCCGGCCAUGGCAGCUCACCGCAACGGAGUUAUAGCUUAUUCUGUCGGAGUUGCCUGGGCAGCCCAAGAUGAACUGGAAGCCAUCGCAACGGACCCCGAUAAGGAGCAUUCCUUCUUCGUGGAUGAAUUUGACAACCUUUACCGCUUUGUUAAUCAGCUCAUCCAAAACAUUUGCACAGAAUUUAAUUCCCAGCCACGGAACUGAUGGACUUGGGCAAGGCGGGACCCUCGGGCGCCACGCUGAAGGCACACCGAGUGCCACAGGAGUAAUGCCAGCCCUCAGUUCAAGAAAUACGGGAGGUGUUUUUCCCUGGCACUUCCCAGUCAGCAAGGUUGAUCGCAGCUCUGUCCCUAUGCAUGAUAACGCUCUGUGUAGACUGAUGAUUAUUAUCUUUUUUUCCUUGCAGGCUUCAGAAACUCUGAUUUGGAUGGAUAGCAAAAUGCAGUACACAUGGAGAAAAUAACUGGAGCUGUUUGACAAGCUGCUUCCAGUAUAGAGCCUCGGCUUGUCUGAUUCCCACCUUUGGGCACACACGAGCUCCUUAAAAUGUACCUGAAGUAGCCGGGUCCCUUCAGGGAGCAGCCACGCUGCUCAGCCGCUGUGGCAGAAGCACCUCCAUGUGGCACUGCCCACCAGUCAGCACCCGUGUCAGGGCUGAAACACCAGACACUUUUUUUUUUUCGGGGAGGGGGGCGAUAUAACUCAAAUUUGAGUACCUUCUUAAAAGCACGCACUCUCUGUAGAGCUGUCUUGCCAGCAAGUUAAGCUUCAGCUAGUGUAAACUCAAGCAUUGAGAUUUAUCCAAAUGCAGUGACUGGAAAGCAAGGGAGAGAAGAGUCAAGCGGUGGGACCUUACAACCAUGUGUCAACCCCAAUAAAGCCCCAAAACCACACAGCAGCCAACACGCAGGAACUGGAAUCUAUAGUCUCCUACAGCAUUGCAUUAAUAUUUGAUUUUGAGAAGUGUCUUGUCCCCUUCGCUCUCUUGCUCUGCUCUUGUGUGGCUCAAGGCCUGAAGGACCAUGGAAGAGCUGCCAGGACAGAGAAGUCUCUUUGGGAAAAAUUAUAGGUUUAAGCUGCCUGCAAUCGGAAAAGCAUUUGAGACCCACCGCUCUAUCGUUAAACCACAGCCUAGAACAGUUUACAGCAGUCUCUAGCGUGAGAAGAGCUAUUCAAGGGCCAUUAACAGGAUUUAAGAGGGAAUUAUCUGAAGUCUUGCAUUGCACACUGGGAAAAGCAGCAUUUCGAGCAUUUACAGACACCCUCUCCCUAAUUUGGCAUUGACUUCUGUUUUAUGGAUUGAAGUGCUACCUACUACAGCCCUGGAUUAUUGAAAACACACGGUUGUUUCUUAAAUGGAGAACUAGCCACAUCACUAGUCAGUAGGGGAGGAGUGACACAUUAAGAGGCCCAAAAGAAUUGCCCUUUAAUUAGGAAGCAGCAGCUGCUGGUUAUGUUUCCAUCCAGUACAAUUUAAGAAAACAUGUUCAUUAAGCAAAGGUAUCGAAGGAGCGGGAUGGAGUUAUAGAGCCAAUAAAAACGUGCGUGUUCAUGCACCUUAUGGCAACCAAAGCCACACGCAAAGCAUUAGGCUUGUGGAACUAACAGGAAACAGGAAGAAAUUAAAACUCAAAUUUCACGUCUUACUCGCAAACCAGGCUUUUAAUAGCAUUUAUAGUUUUAAUAACCACGACCCGGGAUGCUUAUUAUUCACAUUAAAAUGUUAAUUGAAGCAAACUGCCGUAAGGGAGACUCGGUUAUGUCAACAAAAGUAGCACAAUCUUUUAAAUCAUUAUGUUUGGAAAAAUGACUGAAGUACCUCAAAAAUUAUCAAUUAAGUAAGAAUAACGCAAACUAAGGAGAACCGCAGAUUCCGCAUGAUCUCCCUGGUGUGGUAACAUAAGCCAGGCUGGGGUCCUCUCAAGAGGAUAUCAAACCCAAUCCUGGAUGAAACAGCGGUUUUACCCAGGGAAGGUUCAGAUCUUCCUCUUAGAAGAAACAUUCAUUUCCAGCUUUAACUGAACAUCGUCAGUACAAUCACGCUACCCAGACAGAAGAUGCAGGGCACCACCAGCUUCCAAAAAAAGCAAAACAAAGACAAAAUAAAUUUGCACGCAGACUUUUUAACACUGAUAUGUGCUGCUGCACUUCCAGAGCAGAGGCCAUCUCUUAGCUUGAAAAAAAAGUAAAGAUUGAGGACAGAGAGUUAGGUAGAAGCAGAGCAACCCCUGAUACCCCCCAUCUCCUGACCCACCUCCCUCACUACCCUUCUGCUGAAAGCAUCUUCCUCUGUCAACGAGGGACAUUACCUGGGCU